CCGCCCGGGAUCUCCCGCCGCCCUUUGGAAGGAGGCGUCGCGCAAACCGCGCGCGCUGCUGCUGCUGCUCUGCCCGCAUGUCGCUGCUGGGCUCGGCAGCGCCGUUCCGCAAGAUCUUAGCCCACUUCCCUCAAGAGUUCAGCCUCGCCUUUGCUUAUGGGUCCGCGGUCUUCCAGCAAGCGGGAGCCUCUGCCCGGGAAACUGAGAAAAAUAUGUUGGAUUUUGUGUUUGUCGUUGAUGAUUCUGUAAUGUGGCAUAUGAUGAACUUGUCGAAGAAUCGGGAUCAUUAUUCCUUUCUAAAAUAUCUGGGGCCCAAGCUAAUCAGUAACAUCCAAAACUAUGGAGCUGGGAUUUACUACAAUACUCUAGUACCUUGCAAUGGUCGGGUUAUCAAAUAUGGUGUCAUUAGUACUGAUGUUCUGCUGGAAGACUUGCUUCACUGGAAGACUCUCUAUGUUGCUGGGCGUCUGCAAAAACCGGUGAAAAUCCUGACUCAGAGUGAGAAUGUUAAACUGCAAGCUGCCCUCACCAGCAACUUGAAAAGUGCCAUCACAGCAGCCUUUCUCAUGUUGCCCGAAAGUUUCUCAGAGGAAGACCUCUACCUGCAGAUUGCUGGACUCUCCUAUUGUGGUGAUUUCAGAAUGAUAAUUGGAGAAGAUAAGUCAAAAGUGAUGAACAUAGUGAAGCCCAACCUGUUACAUUUUCAGAAGCUCUACAAUAACAUAUUGCAAGAUUGCCCACAAGUGGUGUACAAGCAUCAGCAGGGGAAGCUAGAGAUAGAUAAGAGUCCAGAAGGUCAAUUUGCACAGCUAAUGGCUUUGCCAAGGACCCUGCAGCAACAAAUCACCUCUCUCAUGGAUCCUCCAGGAAAGAACAGAGAUGUGGAAGAAAUUUUAUUUCAAGUUGCACAUGAUCCUGACUGUGGAUUGGUAGUACACCAGGGCAUUUCAGGAAUUGUGAGAUCGUCCAGUCUAAUUCAGAGUGCUAAAACCAUGCUAACAGCUGGUAAGGCCAUGUGGUGCUGUGUUUUCUUGAUGGAUUUUACUCUCGAGGAAAAAAAUACAUGCAAGGCUAAUUCUAUUACAGAAAUGAAUAAUCAUCAUCUUGCAUAACUUGGGGCUGAGAUGGAAGUCAUGCCUGUUGAUUCAAGGGCUUUCAGAACCAGCAGCCUGGUGAGGUUCAGGAGGUGUGGAAGAUGAUCCAGCAGCUGCUGGGCCCCGAGUGCUCAGCAGGAGAUUCUGCCGUUCGGAUGCCUGCCGUUCAGAGCAUCUGUCCAGUCACUGCAGCAAACUUUGUCUUGCCAUCUUGGCUAGCAAAGCUGCACUUGAGCUGCUGAGAAACAGUUUAUCUGUUGGAAUGGUGGCUGUGUGAGUUUGUAACUCACUCACCUUGGUACUGGAGUGUUAACCCAACUGUAUUUUUAACAAGUACUCAAAUGAGUAUUAAGGGACUGCACUAAAAUUCACUUGCCUAAUUUUAAUUAGUUUAGAUGCUUGUUUUGAUCAGAGCAUGUGCUGUUUUGCACUAUUUUUUCUUGAAUGUCCUUUCCAACUUCCUUUAGGGGGAAGCCUAUUAAAAGGUGAUGUUAGAGCCAAUUUACACUUUAUAGUGGCAGGUGUGUUUGCCACGUUGUCAUUGAGAUUUAUGGCUUCCAGCAGCUGGGGACCCGCGGUGGAUGUGCUCGCUGCGUGCCAUGCGGAUAGCAUUCUUGUAACUGUAAACUCAGUCGGGCUGCAUUCAUAGUUGGUUGAAAGAGCUAAAUGGUAUUUGACCAUCGUUGCAGAAGAGUGGGUCAAAUAAUGGACUAUGGGGAACUUGUCUCACACAGAGCUAAGCCAUCGGUCUCUUCCUUUCUUAUUUUCUGCAUGAGCUCUCUGGGCUUUCAGAACGGAGUUGUCAGGAGCCCUUCCUGAAGAUACCAGGGGCCAGACCUGGGACUUGAGCAGCCACUGAAUGGCGGCCUUCCUUGGUGGGGCAUCCUCACACCUACUGGGGGAACGGAUCUCUACGUUGUGUGUUGAGCUCCUUCCACUCUCUCAGUAACACAGCCUCCUCCACCCUGGUGCACUCCGGAUGUCUUGGACUGCAACUCCCAGCAUUCCUGGCUGCUGGUCAUGCUGUCCGGGGCUGAUGAGAAUUGCUGUCCACAACAGCAGGAGGAUACCAGGUUGGGCAAGGCUGCUUCCUGGCCCUGAUGCCACAAGCAAGAGCCAUGUUGCUUAUGCUGCAACAACUGGCAUGAGUUGGGGUGGAACUGUGGGCAGCAUCAUGGCCUUGGGAAAGGCAGUAGACUGUGCUCCGUGUUACGGAGAGACACGGGGCAGCUUUGCAGAGGUUGCCUCUUUGCCAGUGGCUCCAUUACAGGUAUUAUCUGUAGCUCUGCCUGGAGGAGGAUUCCUGAUCAGUUCUGAAUAUUUAUUUGGCUAACAAAGUCAUUUUUUUUUUUUUGUCUACACCUCUGCACAUGUGCUGUGUGUAAUUUGCAUAGGAAACUCACUUGAAGAAUUUAAUUUUUCUUUGCACUUUCUUUCUUCAUUUUUCUUUGCUAUGCACUUUCCUGCAGAAUAAGGAGGAGGCUACUGGGCUUCCUUGGUUGCUUUGUUUCCCUUAUUUAUGAAGAUAAUCCUUCGCAAGUUUCUGAAAAGAUAGUGCGUUCCACAAGAGUCUGAUCCCAGUUGAGUGGGCACUUCAUAGAUGAAGUGUUUGUGCUGCUGCCCACAGUGGGCAUCUGUUUCAAAACUGCUUAAUUGGCAGGAAUCCCUGUGUGUCUUAACCCUGGCCUGCUAGCACACUUCAAUUUCCUCGUAGAUGAGCAUAUGUCUUCCCUGUAUAGCCGCAUCAAUCGGAGCAGUACAGCAGAUGCCUCAAGAACAUAAACACAAUUAAGUUUGGUUGCUGUGUGGGUGUUUUUCUUAUGUACAGCUGUAUACAAAGAUACCGGUUUAACCACUUAAACAUCCUUCUCUUGUUACAACUCUAAUUCUCCUAAUGAAUCUUUGAACUAGCACAGGCUUGUAUGAGUAUUUCGUGCUGUAUUAUCCACCCAUCUCCUACGCCCUUUUUCCUCUUUCCCACGCAGACUUUAUUCAAAUUUUAAUGGCAGGCUUGAGGCAGGAUUUUAAAGCCAGACCUUGCAUUAGCAACUUGCCUUUUAUCUCUCCCCACCCCCACCCCACACUCGUCCAGCAGCCAUUCUGAAUAUGGCUGAAUUCUGUGACAUGGUUUAUGUUGUCAGUGUUAUUCAGCAAUCCAGGAGUUCCUUGUUUCAGUAUAUUUUGUAAACGCUUAAGUCGUCACAUGUCAAAGCGCAGAUAAAAUAAUGCUUGUCAAAUUCUGAAAUAUCUACAGACCAUCACUUAGUACACAGAAAGAUUCUAGAUGGUACUCAUUAUGUAGCUAGCAUAUUCUGUGUGCAAACAUAAUUUGGCACUGAGCAAAACAAAGACCUUCAGCCAUCUAACAGGAUUUCCCUUCAUUUUUCUCUGCCAGUGUGGUUUUAGACUAGUUUGAGCCCUAUAUUUUUGUUUACUGUCAGAUGCCCCAUUUAGCUUUUCCAAGAAAAAGACCUGUAUGUUUUCUAAAAUCUGUGGCAAGACUUCUGGUCUGGUUCCUAUUAGAAGUGGCACCAUCCAUUGAUUUAUUUUUCCUCUUGGCCUUAUGGUCUUUGGAACUUAAAGCUUUGAAAAGUUUUAUAUUUAGCUCCUUCUGAGGAACAUUACAUGGUUUGUUUCUUUAAAAAAUAAUAUAUAUUAUUGCAUUUGGCAACCGUAUGUGAAACAAAAUCAUGCUUUGUUAUAUUUUCAGUAAUGAUCCAGUCAGAUCUAGCUUUUUGCCAAGACAUGCAUUGCUAUUCCGUUCUGCAUGAUAACACUUCAAGGUAUUCCCCGGUAUGCUGGGCAAACAAAUAUCCAAGCAUUUGGAUUUUUAUUUGCAACAAUGUGUGUGUGGGGAAGAGAGGCAGAAGCAGCCUCCUCCAAGUAGGAGAGGCUCAUGAGUAGUGUGUGGAUGCGAGGUUCUGCAGCCCUCCGGCCUUGACUGCGUUCCCUCACCUUAGCAUUGUGGUCGCCCUCCUUUAUGUGUGGCCGCUUGUUGUCCCCUCACCACCUGGAAGCAGGGCUGGCCCUUCCAUUGCACCAAGUGAGACACCCUCAUGAGGCAGUGGGCCAGGCCUGCCUCUGCUGCCUCACUGCCCUCAGCAUGGCCUCGGCACAGAGCUAAUGGCAGGUGCCCUGUUGGCUUUGUCUUCCCUUCUCUUGAGAGAUGUGAGCUGCAAGGAGUAGGAAAGAGGCCCCAGGGAUCCUAAAGACGCGCUAGCUUUGCCCUCCCCUUUCUCUGACCAUUGAAGGAGGCAGAGGCAGAAGUGGCACCGGUGAGCUUGCUCGUUCUCCCGGCUGCAUAUGCGCGAGACGCUCGGCAGACCAGGUCUCCCUUUGAGGCAGAGGCAGUCUUCACACAAAGGUCAGCUUUGCAGCAGGCCACACACAGGGUGAUGGGAGGAAUGAAUGGCCCAGCAGCCUUAUCAGUGGCAUGGCCACCCAAGGGCAGUGUGUGAUGGGCAAAUGCCUCCAGAGGAGGCUCUGUCAUGCGCUCUGUGUGAGGAGAGAGUCCUGGAGCAUUGCUGGAAAAUGUUUUCAUAGCUGCUUGGGCAACACAACUCACACAGGCAGGCAGCAGUAGCCUUUGGAGCAGCCGCAUUUUCCAGAAGUAGUGGUGUAUUGCUGCCAAGGCAGUUUCAGACAGUCUCUUUCUCUCAGUGGCUACACUGGAGUUCCCAGUGAGUGGGGUGUGCCCCACACAACACCUGAAAGGUAGAGUGUUCCAGGCAGGGGAUGGGGACCCCGUGGGGUAGCAAGGACCAAUCCAGUACUACCAGUGGUACGUGUAACAAACUGUUGCAGCAUGGAGUGCUUCCUCAGGACCCCGACAGGCCAGCUAUGCCCUCUUCUGGACACCCCAUUCAAUCCCCCACCUGUUUUCUUUCUUCUCCCAACAGCCUGUUAGCCUUUUGCACCCACUGCACAGAUUUAGUCUUCACUGGACUGUAGUGGGAUGAGAUUGUGCUUAAAUUCUUCAAGUGUGGCGUGAUAUGAAUUGAGGAAGGUGGGCAGGGCCCAUCCUUCUUUGUAGAAGGAUCAGGAGAGGAGGUGCAUGUGACUAAUGCUUCCAUCCCCUUGCUGCUUUUAGGGUGCAAAGGUGCCUUUAUUCUUAGGGUCUCAUGGGGAUGUCCCUUUGGUUGUGUUUGCCAUACUGAGUGCCAAUGUUGAUGCCUUGCUGGGAAGGCAGAGAACGGCUCAGCUUCACUCUGAAUGAAGAGCUUACUUUAGUGUGGACUGUAAGGUGCAGAUCCUUGGCAUCAGCCAUGAAACAUGACAACUGUUUCUCAGGCUAUGUGGAAAGAAGAAAUGGAAAGCAAUGGAUGCUAUAUCAGGCACAGAUCUCGCCUGAAAGGCCUGGGCAGCAGGAGGGAGGAAUGAGCCCAUUUUCUGCAGAGUGGAAAUACCAGGAAGUUUUAAAAGUGACAAAUGGCUGGACUGAAAGGAAGUCCUUAAGCAAUUUAGCGGGUGGGGGAUUCAGUUACAUAUUCUCAGAAGUGUGCUGACUGAAGUCUUGAAGGUGGCCAUCUUGGUCAUCCUUUCAGCAGGGAGCACUACUGUGGUGUCUUGACGGCAUGGUAGAUUACUUAAAAGCAAGACAUAGAAAUUAAACUCUUCAAAAAUCUAUUGGGAACUAGUUACGAUGGAUUAAUUGAUGAAUAUGGUCAGAUUUUCUUGAUUUAAGAAAUAGCCACAAAGUUGUUAGCUAGGCAUUAAGUAAGAUAAACACUAGUUGUUACAGCUGUUCUUACCUUCAGUAAUAUAUCAAAUAUUUCUGAAAUAGUUCCUCGGCUUUUUAAUUGUACAUUUAAAUUAAUGGAGAACAGCAAUGAAGAAUUUUCUUAGAAAAAUCGGGGAGAAGAACAACAUUGUGGUUAGCCAUGUAGAAAUUUAGUAUUCUAUUCUGGUUUAAAACUAAAAAUUGCGAAGAAUAAGGAUGAGAUCUGUUUAACACUGUAUAGUAAUCAUAUUGGAUCUAGUUUUAGGCCUCAUUGAGUUGAAUAGUUCUACUCUAGGUAAUAUGGAUUCAACCCAUAGCCAGUAAAAUGCAACAUAAAAACAGUGGCCAAGUGUUAAAACAAAAAAACAGGCUAGCAAACUGAACUGAAUUUGCUAAGGGAGUAAUCUGAAACUUCUGGCGGAUACUUGUGAUUUCCAGAUUUGAGAUUACAGGCAGCACUGGAGUCCUUGCUCCCCUCUCCCUCGUGGUUGGUACAGAAAGGCGUGCUGGCUGUUCUCUGCGGCUGGGAAUAAUAAAACCUUGCAGUGGGGAAGAAGGGGGUCUUUUAAUGGGUGCAGAGGGAGGAGAUUGGAAAGACCCGGAUCCUUGUUGUGUUAAGGCCUGCCCAGCCGCCUCCUUUGCAAGGCUGGUGCUAGCUAGGCAGAGCAGUGCGUGGAGCGAAAAGGCAGGGCAGGAGGAUGCCAAGGUGCAGAGCCCCUUUGCAGCUUUUGUCCUGCCCUACAAGUUCCACAUUCAGGGGCUUAUAAUCUUCAUAAUAGGGCUGUGUGCUACAAGUCUGCUGAAUAAAAGCACCGACUGGGGGCCGACAAGCUAUUCCACUGCUUUGGUGCCGCUCCUGUAAGCAGUGCUCUCUAGACCUUCAUUUGCACUUCCACUAAAAUGGCCCGAGUCACCUUCACAGCACCUGAACAAUCUUACAGGCCUGCAUGGCUGUGGACAGGCAAGAAGCUUUUGACUGAAUGUAAAGGGCUGACUCAAGGAUCAUUAAAAUUCUCUGCUCUU